GUUUUGACUUGCUAGACGAGGAAACAAUUAGAAAAAUCUUUACCAAGGGGUCCACGCCUUAAUUUUAAACAAAAGUAUCAGAAAUAUUUGCAUGAGAAAAAGAUGCCAAAUGCUCCAAUAAACAAUGAAACAUCUUUGAUUGAAACUGUAUCAACUGCAUCAACUGAUACCAUCGAUACCUUGGAAUCCACAGAAUCAUUCAAUUCCAUUCCCAUUAUUUUUAAGAUGCCCGCAGAUGCUCCUUUGCCUUCCCCAAAAAAAUCAAAAAUUAUUAAAGUGGACUUCAUAGACAGUGCAUUUUCAGAGGGUUUAGAAACCCUUCUACAAAAAACAACGGAGGGAAGAAUAUUAUUAGCCGCUAGGCAUAAACUCACAAAUGACCAACGCCAAAAAUUGGCGAAUAUAUGCAUUGGUGAAUUGAUAAAUAUAUAUGGGAAGGACUUGAAUAGCGGGACAAUUUUAAAAGCAGCGCAAGAAAUACCUCAUGUGUUUAUUCUAGAAAGCUCGGAUGUUUAUAUGAUAUCUAACCAAGAGGGAGGACCAAAAGGAAAACUUUGGCACCGCUACCAUAAUAUUAGAAAAGCAAUUAAAUUGGCUGAUAGCCACAGGAUAACUGAAAACAAAGAAAAUGAGGAUCAAUAUGAAAAUCCAUUUGAAACAAUUGGAACUCGAGAUGAAACAUCAAAAUUACUGGAUUUCCUAAAAGUCGCAAUUGCAGAAGCAUGGGAAGCAACUUUUAAAAUGCGUGGAAGUCUUUACGCGAAAAAAUCUAUUCUUGAUGUAUUCCGUGAUUUUCCUUGUCUUAGAUUGGACUCAGGAAUUCAGUUGCUGGAAAUUGACUUUAAUCUUCGCUACGGUGACCGAAUAGAUGUCGUUUAUUCAACUUUUCCUAAAGUCAGAAAUGCUAUCUUGGACGAAGCAAAGGAGAUAAAGAUAAAACUGGACACGCAUUAUGAAGAUCCCAAUUUGAAUGCAAUAAUAUCUUUGGUCUAUUUAUUUCCUCCAAUCACCCUUAAAAAGUCUAGAAAAGGUGGAAACUGGAGGCCGACAAGAAGUGAAAUUUUUGACAGUUUUUUCAUGCUGGUUGAUACUUUUGAUGAAUUUCAAGAACGCCUUUCUAUGCGACGAGCAAAACUGUCGGAGCAUAAUUUGACUAUGCAACCAUUUGCAGUGGUAAUCGGGGGUAGUAAUUUCUUCAUACAAAUUGAAAACCAAUCAUUUAAAGUGGAUUCUGCUUUGAGGACUCUUGAAUUGACAUUCAAAAUGUUUUACGCGCUAGAUCUUGGGUAUCCAUGUGAGUCCGAACACAUAUGGUUGCUGAUAGAAGAAAUACUUUUCAACAUGAAACCAAAAAAGAAGCACCCUUCUUCAGCGUCAAUAAUUCACCGAUAUACAGAAAAUACAUUAAUAGUUUGUGGACAACAUGAAUGUAACAGAAAUUUUCCCUCCAUAAAUUCUUCCCGAAAGCAUUUAAAAUAUCAUGAAAAAGUUGGUAAUGUAAAACAUUCCAAAACUACAAUCGAAAGAUUUAAACCAAAUGAAAAAGAACCUAUGGUUCAAAAUGUUAGUAAUAACCAAGCAAAAGAUUAUUUAAAAAAUAAUUUGAUUUUAGAUGACAAUAUUAACCACGAUGUUAACAUUAGUGAAACAAAUAGUACCCUUUUUCAAACUUUCAGUGAUAAAUUAGUGGAAAAUAUUGUAAGGUUUUUAAGCAAUCUUUAUAUAAGUGGAAGCAUUCCCAGAAAAUCUAUACAGGAUGUAAUUAUGGGUGUUCAGAAUCUUUUGGUUGAACCACUUACUAUAUUUGAAAUUUUUGUGCAAAAUACCUUGGAUAUAACUAACGCUGAAAAAGUUCAAGUGAAACGAUAUUUUCAAGAAUUGCACACAUUAUUCAAUAAUUUAGACAGUGAAUAUUUGAGAUUUAAGUUUCUGCAAAAACGGAGUCUUUUUAUUGUUCCAACGGAAAUUGUAGUUGGACAAUCACUAGAAUUUUCUCAAAAAAAUAAUUCGACUCGAAAAAACUAUAUGGCUCAAUUUGUACCAAUUUCUUUAGCGUUGGAAAAAUUGUUUUCUCUACCUAAUAUAUAUAAAGAUACUGUAAAUUAUAUCAACGAGCUUCAGAAGGAAAGUAAAGUCUAUAAUAAUGUUCAAACUCUAUUCUGGAAAGAAAAAUGUCGUUAUUUUGAUAAUAAUAAUGUUUUUCCACUUCUAAUAUAUUUUGAUGAAUUUGAAAUUGGAAACCCAUUGGGCUCCCAUGCUGGAAUUCAUAAAUUUGGAGCAAUUUAUUAUUCGAUCCCAUGUAUUCCUCCAGUUUUUCAAUCAUCUUUAGAAAAUAUUUUUAUUGCAAUGCUAUUUCAUAGUAGUGACUUAAAACGCUUUGGUGAACACAUACUUUUUACCAAGUUGGUUGAUGAACUAAACUCUCUAGAAAAUAAUGGUAUAGUAAUAAAACUUCCUGAAGAACGAAAAGUAUAUUUUUGUGUUACUUUGAUUCUUGGAGAUAACUUGGGCGUGAAUACAGUAUUGGGAUUUCAGCAAAGGUUUACUUCAAAUUUUUUUUGUCGAUUUUGCAAAACUUCACGCUGUGAUACCCAAACUCUGUGCUAUGAAGUAACUUCUUCCUUAUGA